AUCUCUGUGUUGGACAAGUUGCAUCCAUAGAAAAGAAGAUUUAAGGCGAGGAGACGCGCUUUUCACACGGACCAAUGCGCCAGCUCUCCAGACUGCUGCGGUGCGUUAAUUUGACUAUCCACUCAGAAGCCGAGUGUUUAUUUAUUCAGUGGCUGAAAUGAAUAGUAACAACAUUUUAUUGAACUGUGCUUUGUGGAUAUUUAAGUCAAAGUGUUGAUGUGUACAACAACUGAACAGUUGUUCGGACGAGUUGCUUGAUUUUUUUUUUUCCCAGCUGGGAAACGUGGGGAAAGGUGUGACUGCAAGAGCUGAUGCUGAAGUACAGUAGAAAGUGAUAAAACUUCUUAACUCAGUUUGACAUUGAGCUGCAGAAAGAGCUAUUACCGCCUGUACAAUCAGUCAGUCAUCACACAGAAGUCAGACAUGGAAAGGACCAACAGGUCGCAGCACGUCCCCUACAUCCUCCACGAGGAGCUCAACCCACUAAAUGAUUUUAUGGAGGAGAACGAAACAAACUCUACCGGUGGUGAGCGACACUCUCUGGGCUGCGUACAGGUCCGUAUCCCUCAGGAGCUCUUCCUGGCGCUAGGGCUCAUCAGCCUGGUGGAGAACAUCCUGGUGGUUCUGGCCAUCAUCAAGAACCGCAACUUGCAUUCGCCCAUGUACUACUUCAUCUGCUGCUUGGCUGUGUCCGACAUGCUCGUCAGUGUCAGCAACGUGGUGGAGACCAUGUUCAUGCUUCUCCACGAGCAUGGCCUGCUGGACGUGCACCCAGGUAUGUUGCGCCACCUGGACAACGUCAUCGACGUGAUGAUCUGCAGCUCCGUGGUGUCCUCGCUCUCCUUUCUGUGCACCAUCGCCGCGGACCGCUACAUCACCAUCUUUUACGCGCUGCGCUAUCACAGCAUCAUGACCACGCAGCGCGCCAUCACCAUCAUCGUGGUGGUUUGGCUGGCCAGCAUCACCUCCAGCAUCCUCUUCAUCGUGUACCACACCGACAACGCUGUCAUCGUGUGCCUCGUGACCUUCUUCUGCACCACGCUGGUGUUUAACGCCGUGUUGUAUCUGCACAUGUUCCUCUUGGCGCACGUGCAUUCCAGGCGCAUCAUGGCUUUCCACAAAAGCAGGCGCCAGUCCACAAGCAUGAAAGGAGCGAUUACCCUCACCAUCCUGCUCGGGGUCUUCAUUUUAUGCUGGGGCCCUUUCUUCCUCCACCUCAUCCUCAUCCUCACCUGCCCCACCAGCCCCUUCUGCAACUGUUUCUUCCGAAACUUUAACCUUUUCCUUAUCCUCAUCAUCUGUAACUCGCUCAUCGACCCGCUCAUCUACGCCUACCGGAGCCAGGAGCUGCGUAAAACCCUGCAGGAGUUGGUCCUGUGUUCUUGGUGCUUCGGCGUGUGACAUCACGUAUCCUGCAUUCAGGGAGAAAACGAGAGUAAAUCGGGUCACAUGGUCGGCCAUCUCUACUUCCUGAAUGUGCAUUGUAUCAGAAGCUGAAGGAAGCCGUGACUAUUGCAUGUUUGAUCA